CGCUUGUAUCAACUUGGCCAAUUAAAUGUUUGUGGUGAUGUUUCACACCAAACAAUCGGCAUAAUUUCAGACUAACGAUAAUUGACUUAGCUAGUAUUGAUGGAAAUAGAUCGGUUGCGUAACAAGACAGCUAGCAAGCUACAAAAUCAAAGUAUCCAACAUUUGGUCAGCUGACAUGCACCCUCUUCCAAACCAUGUGACCAAACGACCUUUGUACCGGUAGUGGUCUUCAAAAAGCUAGCAUUAGCAGUUCACUUGUAUUUUUUUUUUUACAAAGAUCGCCUUUUCCUCUCACGUCAAGUACAAUAUCGACGUGCAUAGUAGGAAAAAAUACUGCUCUGCCAAGAGAUGCCCCUCUAGCGAACUCCUUUAAUUUAACACUACCGAGGCAGGAAUCACCGCUUUACAGUGCCUCUGAAGGAGGAAUCCGAGACUAAGACAGCAGGAGGAUCCACCCAGCGCCAGCGGACCAACCAUGACCUCCAACACUGACAAUCGUCAAGACGGCCCAGGUCCAGUUCUCUCCAGGAUAUCAGCGAGCACCUCUGAGGAGGAUGUUCUCUGUCCUACUCCACCUCUCCCCCCAGGACCCGAUUCUCAGUAUGAGAGAAUCGGAGGCCAAACAGGGGCUUCGUUUUUACAGACCCUGAUCCACCUCCUGAAGGGGAACAUCGGUACGGGACUGCUAGGUCUACCUCUGGCUGUCAGGAACGCAGGCCUUGUGUUAGGACCUCUGAGUCUGUUUGCCAUGGGGAUAAUAGCAGUCCACUGUAUGAACCUGCUUGUAAUCUGUUCCCACCACCUCAGUGUAAAGUUGAACAAGCCCUUUCUGGACUAUGGCGAUGCUGUGCAGUAUGGUAUGGAGAAUGUCUCGUGGCUGAGAAGGCACUCAAUAUGGGGGAGGCGGAUAGUGAACGUGUUUUUGAUCAUCACCCAGCUGGGUUUCUGCUGUGUCUACUUCGUCUUCCUCAGUGACAAUAUCAAACAGGUGGUGGAAGCUUCUAACGGGACAACCAUGAACUGCCACAACAACCAGACGGCUGUCACCGUCCCCAGCUUUGACUCCCGUCUCUACAUGUUGUGUUUCCUGCCAGCUGUUAUACUCCUGGUGUUCACCCGCAACCUGAAGUACCUGGCCCCCCUCUCUCUGGCAGCCAACCUGGCCAUGUGUACUAGCCUGGUCCUCAUCUACUUCUUCUGCUUCACGAACAUACCAAAUCGUAUCAGCCUGCCGAAGGUGGGUCAUGCCAAAGACUAUCCUCUCUUCUUUGGAACGGCCAUCUUUGCUUUCGAGGGGAUAGGAGUGGUCCUUCCCCUGGAAAACAAGAUGCAGAAGCCUCAGAGUUUCAAUAUGGUUCUAUGUCUGGGAAUGGGCAUCGUCACCUUCCUCUAUAUCAGCUUGGGAACCAUAGGGUACAUCACCUUUGGAGAGGCCAUAGGGGGAAGUAUCACCCUUAACUUACCCAACUGCUGGAUGUAUCAGAUUGUAAAGCUGCUCUACUGUUUCGGUAUCUACAUCACCUUUGCACUUCAGUUCUACGUGCCAGCUGAGAUCCUGAUUCCUCCAGUGGUGUCCCGUGUCUCCGAGAGAUGGAAACUGCCGGUUGAUCUUCUGAUCCGCGCUGCGCUCGUCGUUUUUACCUGUGUCCUGGCCAUAUUGAUCCCCCAGCUGGACCUGGUCAUCUCUUUAGUGGGGUCCAUCAGCAGCAGUUUCCUGGCUCUCAUCUUCCCUCCACUCCUCCAGAUCCUCACCUACCACAACGAAGGUCUGUCUCCCUGGGUCAUCGUCAAGAACACCCUGAUCUCUGUCAUCGGCUUCAUCGGCUUCAUCACCGGCACCUAUAUAUCCAUCACAGAGAUCAUCAAACGCAACGGCAGACAUGACAAUCUGGAUGUGACCUUCUUCCAGGUCCAGUGAGAGAUUUAGUGAGGAAGAGGAGGAUAUCUUGACAGUGGUUGGUCUGGCAAACAGUGGAGGCUGGUGGGUGGAGAAAUCUGAGGAAAGGUUUGUUCUAGAAUGGAUGCUACCUUCCUCCGAUUUAAGGUGACACCAGCCUCCACUGCUGUCAAACAAUCAAACCCAGAAGUCCUCACCCUGGCUACAGCCAUGUUUUGUUUUUCUCACUUGCUCCAUUGUCCAUUGAUUACACAUUUAUUGAUAUUGUGAGUCUGCUUACUGUUGUGGUUAUUGGUCGCUGUGGAACAAUUAUUUAAUGGAAUAUAAGUGUUAAAUCAACUAUUUUCUACAGUAGCUGUAUAGACAAGUAGAGAAGUUGUUCUUCUGACACGAGCGUCAUUCUCUCUGUGCCUCAUGAGCUUCGAUGUUUUUAACUUCUUAAUUUUAUUACAUACUUUUUAUAUUUUAAACUCUGCUAUGCCGCAAGCGCACCUUCUAUCUUACAUGUUUUAUUAUUUUAUGUUGAAUAAUUUAACCAAAUCAUUGAAUAUUGAGCAAUCGCAUUCUCGUAACAUUUUAUUACUACUGUUAAAACAUCCUGGGAGUGGUUAAAGUUGUUUUAAGUGAUCAAAUUAAUUAUUAUAAACUGGUUACUAAUGUAAUUAGAGCAGUAAAAAUACAUGUUUUGUCAUAGCCGUUAUAUAUGGUCUGAUAUACCACGGCUUUCAACCAAUCAGCAUUCGGAGCUCGAACCACCCGAGUUAAUAAUAUCAUUAAAAUAACAGUUAAGUGCCAUUUUGAAUGAUAUCUUCAUUCUACAGACCUUACAAAGAGGAAGAUGUAUGUUUUUAACCACAGCGUGACUAGACUAUUUCCAAUAGAAAUGGUAAAUGACUGACCGUGUUUAAUAAGACGAUCAGAACACAAUGUAUGUAGUCUGUUGAUCACCAUCGUCAUUACUGCUGUACAUGUUGCUAUGACGAUGACCGUUGAAUACCGUUUACUGAUUGACUACAUUUUAGAGACAAGAUGUAAUAGUUGAAAGUUCACUUUUUUUUUCCUUUUCUUAAAGGUAAAGCUUCAUUUCCAUUUUUAAGGCAAGCUGACGAGAUCACCUACUGUAAUACUGAUGAAGGGACUGUAAAGAGAAAAUACAAAACAAUGUGUGUUAUUGUAGAGCUAAUACCAUUUUGUUAUUUCUCAGUUGAUGUUAUUUAUGUUGGCAUUUUAAUGUCUUACAUUUGUCUCAGGUUGGGCACUGGAUUUAUUCAUGUUACUAAUCUUCCAGUUAUUACAACGGCUAUUUCAUUUGUUUUAUCACUUGUCUCGCUUGUACCAACAGUUUGUGUUUUUAGACUGAGUGGGCCCAGAUUAGACUGGGUUGGACUGAGGUGGGCCCAGAUUAGACUGGGUUGGACUGAGGUGGGCCCAGUUUAGACUGGGUUGGACUGAGGUGGGCCCAGUUUAGACUGGGUUGGACUGAGGUGGGCCCAGUUUAGACUGGGUUGGACUGAGGUGGGCCCAGUUUAGACUGGGUUGGACUGAGGUGGGCCCAGUUUAGACUGGGUUGGACUGAGGUGGGCCCAGUUUAGACUGGGUUGGACUGAGGUGGGCCCAGUUUAGACUGGGUUGGACUGAGGUGGGCCCAGAUUAGACUGGGUUGGACUGAGGUGGGCCCAGUUUAGACUGGGUUGGACUGAGGUGGGCCCAGUUUAGACUGGGUUGGACUGAGGUGGGCCCAGUUUAGACUGGGUUGGACUGAGGUGGGCCCAGUUUAGACUGGGUUGGAUAUCAUGGUGAUGUCACAUGGCAUUGGGAGAACUUAACUGAUAGUCGGUCUCUUCGACUAGCCUUUGAAUAAUGGCAGGUUGGAACUAUUGUUGAGUUUGCACUUUAUUGUUGCUGAAAUAUAGUAUUCUGAAUUUCCCCUGAGAGAAUACUGCUGAACAUUUUAUACGGGGUAUUUUUUUUCGUGAUCUUGAACGUGUAAAAAUAAAAUGUUUUUAUUUCAUUACAGUCUAAAUGGGGAAAAAAGUUCACAAUUCUGGAAAUUAUACCAGCUUUGAAUAAUGGCAGGUUUGAACUAUUGUUGAGUUUGCACUUUAUUUUAAAUAAAAUAUAGUAUUCAUGAA